AAGUAUACUAAUUUAUGACAAUUCGUAAUAGUAAAUUCUUCUCUGUGUAUAUUGUGUAUUAAAAAAAUAUUCCUUUUAUAUUUUAUCAUUAGAUAAGAUUACAGUAUUACGUUUGUUGUAGAAAUGUGAACAUAAGACGAAGUCAAUAUGAGUGUUCGAAAGGGCAAGGGCCCAGUGUUCGAUCCCGGACUGUGUCGUUGUUGUGGUUCUAUGAAGAAAUGUAGACUUCUCAAUGUGGAAUAUGAGUGUUCGGGACAGAAAGAGGUUUAUUCUGACAUGAUGAUGGAUUGCUUUGGGCUACUGUUGUCCCAUUUAGAUGGAAAGCCUACAGAGCGUCUGGUUUGUGCAACAUGUGUAAUAAGGUUGCGAGAUGCUUUUUCGUUCAGACAACAAGUGUUGCGCUGUGAAGAGGCUUUUUUGCAGGUGAAGGUGUAUGACUCUGAAAAUAAUGAGCGUCACAUGCAAAUGGAGGAGGCACUAGUAGAAGGUGGUCCGAAGAUAGAAGUGGAAGUGAUCAAGGUAGAACCUGAAGAUGUAAGUGACAAUAUUAGUGAUACUGGAGGCCCAAGUGAGGAUGCACUUGCAGAUGCCGCAGAUGAUGAAACAAAGCCUGACCUUGCCCAAGAUGAUUCAAACGAUGACUUACCUCUCAUACACAGCAAGCGGAAGAUUUCACGGAGACCAUUGCCCCCAGAGCCUUCCAAAGUAAAGAAAUCGGAAAAUGUUGUCAGAACUACGCCAACAGGACACAAUGUAGCGCUUAAGAAUUAUAAUAUGCCAAUGUCGAAAGUGCAGCAGCUGAUCAGAGAACGCGACCCCACUUACAUGACGGAGACAAACAUUCUGACAAUCGUGGAGUUCUCAUAUGUUUGUCCGUUUAAAUGCCGUCACAACCACCUUCUCUGCUACUACUGCGGUCAGGUGUUUUCGGAUCCGCAACUGCUUCGGGAACAUACUAUCAACUCGCACCACCCAAAGAAAUUCAAAGUGACCGAACACAAAAACAUGAUCAAAAUAGAUUUAACGAGGAUUGAUUGUAGGUUGUGUCCGGUUAAAAUCAAUGACUUGGAAGAGUUCAAACGGCACAUAGUCACAACACACAAGAAGAAGUAUUACUUUGAUUUUAAGGAUUCAGUGUUGCCGUUUAGAUUGACUAAAGAAGAGAUAAAAUGUGCGCUCUGUAAUGUGAUAUUCCCGUACUUUCACGCAUUGAAUAAGCACAUGAAUGAACAUUUUAGUAACUAUGUAUGUGAGACUUGCGGUUUAGGUUUCGUGGACAAGGGCCGUUUUGUAAUGCACCAGCAGCGGCACGACCAAGGCGACUUUCCCUGUGAGACGUGCGGGAAGAUGUUCAAGGCGGAGUACAACAGGGACCUGCACAUAGACAGGGUGCACAGAAAGCGCGGGCGCGUGUACUGCCCCAAGUGCGACAUCAAGUUGAUGUCGUACCCGCAGAAGUUGAAGCACCUGGUGGAGGCGCACGGCGAGCAGCCGCUGAGCUUCCCCUGCACCAUGUGCGAGAAGGUGUGCGAGACCCGGCGCACGCUCACCAUACACUGGAGAAAGGAUCAUCUGAAAGAUUUCAGGUAUGAGUGUCAGUGCUGCGGCCAGAAGUUCUUCACUCGGUUCGCACUCAACAACCAUAUGCCCACGCACACGGGUGAAAGAAACUACAAGUGCAAAGUGUGCGAGAAAUGUUACCCUCGUCUCAAGACUUUGAAAGACCACAUGAGGAUCCACACCAAUGAUCGGAGGUAUCGUUGUCAUAUCUGCGCUCAAGCCUUCAUACAGAACUGCAGCCUGAAGGGACACAUGAAGAGUCAGCAUCCUGAGUAUGGAUAAGCCUAAAUUUAUAACGAUGAUAGUCAGUAAUAACUCACACCUUCAAUCAUAGAACAGAUUCUGAAACAACUAUCUUUUUGCUAACAGGAAAAGUUCAAAUUUGGUAAUCAGCUAUUUUAAAAUUAAUUCUCUAAUUGCUGUGGUAAAUUAGUGACAUUUCUUUUGUACAUUAAAAUAGUCUACAAUAUAAAUAUUAUGUUUUAAUUAUUUAAUAAAAAUGUUAUAAUGUACAAAUAAAUCAAUUGUGGCAUUAUAA